AGCGGGAAUGUGUGUGGAUACGGCUAUGCCAUAUCUGGUACGUCAGUUCCAAGUUUAACUGUAAGUGAAAGGGCCACUUCUUUUAACCCAGGACAACAAAUCUGCUGUGAGCUUAAGAUGAUAUUACAUUACACUGCUGUGCUAUGAAACAUAAUAAGUUAGCUGUCUUUAUUAACGCUAGAAAUUCUUGACAAUCGCGACCUGUUUCUUAAUUAUCAAAUCACAACGCGUUCUCGUAGGCAGUCUAGCGACUAGCGGUGACCAGAGAACUCACUCGGACUCGUACUGACAGCGAGCGCACUUUUCUAAGUCAGUCGACGUAUGGACGUGGAGUAUGUGCGAUUUGAUCCUCAACUCACAUGCUAGGAUAUCACUAUCUUUGUGCUAAAAUGUUUGCGAUCUUUUUAGUUACUCUUUCCAUCCUUCACGUGCUGGACGCGUCCGGGUCGUUUGAAUUACAGAUUUUAGGAAUACAGAACUCUAGGGGUGAACUACUGAACAGAGCUUGCUGUGGGGGUGAGGCGAGAAAAGAAGAGGAGAUCUGUCCUAGGGAAUGUAACACUUACUUUCGCCUGUGUCUGAAACAGUAUCAAUCACAGAUUACAGCCAAGGGAUCGUGUACAUUCGGCAGCACGUCUUCACCGGUUGCCGUCGGAAAUUCCUUUUCAGUUCACAACGAGCCGGAAAAAGAAGUGGUACUCAAGCUGCCCUUUGAAUUUAGAUGGACGAAAUCAUUCACGUUAAUCCUUGAAGCAGUAGACCACAACAACCGUUCAAAAUCAUCUCGUGACGAAGUGAUCGAAAGACAUAUGUAUUCGGGCAUUAUUACACCCAGCGCAGAGUGGCACCAACUAUCACACCCAGGUACUACAGCUACUAUAAACUAUAGAAUACGUGUGACGUGCGACCCUUACUAUUACAAUUACACGUGCACCAAAUUUUGUCGACCGAGGCACGACCGUUUUGGACACUACACUUGUAGUAAACAAGGAGACAAGAUCUGUUUGGUGGGAUGGAAAGGACCUAACUGUGAAACAGCGGUUUGUAAGGAAGGGUGUCACCCGCAACAUGGAAACUGUGAGAAACCUGGAGAAUGCAAAAGGAACCUUCAUCGUCCAUCACUCCAGCAGCUUGGAACUUCUCUUACUCCACUGGAAGAAACGGGUAGAAAAAAACACAGUGGAGAGUCCGGAAGACACACCAGAGACAGUGCAAUGGUUAUUUCACUGGAACCAUCAGAUGCUGACGAAUGCGUAAAAGAUCCUUGUAUCAACGCUCUCUUGUGUAAGAAUGUGGUUGGAGAUUAUAUCUGUGAAUGCCAACCUGGAUGGAUGGGAAAAAAUUGCGAUCACAACAUUAAUGAUUGUGUUGGUCAAUGUCAAAACGGAGCCACGUGUAUUGAUUUGGUAAGCGACUACCACUGCGCCUGCUUCCCAGGAUUUACAGGAAGGAACUGCCAGACCAACAUUGACGACUGUGCCAGCAACCCCUGUUUGAACGGAGGAGAAUGUGUAGACCUUGUGGCUGCUUUCUCUUGCAUCUGCCCUGUUGGGUAUAAAGGAGCGAGGUGCGAGAUCGAUGACGAUUUUUGUAAUCCCAAUCCCUGUGAAAAUGGAGCGUCCUGUUUCAACAUGCAUAGGGAUUACUAUUGCCAUUGUUCUGCUGAAUAUCACGGAAAAAACUGCUCCCAACCAAGACCCAAGUGUACUUCUCCUCCUUGUGAAGCUUAUGACGGUUGUAUGGUGCCUAUUUCUACUAACACUUCCAGUGGAAAACAGCGACUUAGCGGUUCAAAUGUCUGUGGAGAUCAUGGCAAGUGUAUCAGUGAACCACUAGGGGGAUUCACAUGCGUCUGUGAUCCAGGCUAUACUGGCAGAUAUUGUCAUGAAAAUAUAAACGACUGUGUUUCCAACCCUUGCAAACAUGGUGGUACCUGUGUGGACAAAAUAAACUCAUUCCUAUGUGUUUGUAAAGAAGGCUGGGAAGGACCUUUUUGUAAUACGAAUAAGAACGAUUGUGAACCGAAUCCCUGUCAUAACAAUGGAACAUGCAUCGACUCAAUCGCGGACUUUAUUUGUGAAUGUAGACAUGGGUGGAAGGGGAAAACUUGCAACUUUAGACACAGUCAUUGUGCUGUCAAUCCCUGCGCCAAUGGAGGAACAUGUACAGAUCUAGGAGACAACUUUGUAUGUCAAUGCCCACGUGGGUUUGAAGGCCACACAUGUCAGAUAGCUAAUAAUCCCAGUUGUCUCUCCAGUCCAUGCCAAAAUGGUGGCACCUGUAUAAGCGUAAGCAUGGGAUCAGGGUUUUCCUGUGUAUGCAAAGAAGGUUAUGAAGGCAUAUUAUGUCAAAAUAAUAUUGAUGAUUGUAACCCCAACCCUUGCUACAAUAAUGGAAGAUGUGUGGAUGGCAUAAACUGGUUUCGAUGUGAAUGUGCCAAAGGUUUUGCUGGACCAGAUUGUCGUAUUAACAUUGAUGACUGUGCUUCCUCUCCUUGUGCGGAGGGAAGCACCUGCAGAGAUGGUAUUGCUGACUUUCAAUGUAUCUGUCCACCUGGUCAGACAGGAAGAUUUUGUAACAUAGAGGUAGGGAAGAGACAGUGUGAAUGGAAUGGAUUUAUAUACAAUCAUGGCGCUACAUGGGAUGAAGAUUGUAACACAUGUCUCUGUCAUGACACUGAAGUCACCUGCACCAAGUUUUGGUGUGGCUUUCAAAAUUGCUUGGCUGACCCAAACUCAACAGGGGAAAAGAUUCAUUGUCCUCAGGGACAGGAGUGUGUCCCUAAUUUCCACAGUACCUGUUUUAUUCCUCCUUGCCCUUCAAUAGGAAUUUGUGUGUCCAAGGAAAAUUCCACCAAAAGCUCCAUGGCUGGAUUGAUUCCAAACACAAAAUGUAGACCAAAUUCAGCAGAGUUGGGAAACAACUGUGCUACUGUUACUUUAGUGUUCAACCGGAGUAAAAUACUACAGGGACUGACAGUUGAAAGUUUGUGUACACAGAUACGAAGGUUACCCAAGCAGCUGAACCAUACACCAGUCCAUACAGUUUUUCUUCUUUGUGAUCAAGUAGAAGGUGUGCCAGAUAGCAUAGAAGUGGCAGUGUCUAGUAAUGGAGAUCCUUCCUUUGAAACCUACAAAUACGUUAGUAACAUUGCAAAAUGGCUGGCAGACAGAAUAGGCCGUAAACGAUCUAACAGUACAUCCUUAAGUGCCGUGAUGGAGGUGAAAGUAAAGACCUCUCUUCUUGCUUCCACUCAUGGACCUGGCUACUUGGUCCCAGUGCUGGUGUCCCUCUUAGCUUUACUGCUGCUAGCUUGUUUCAUUGGGGUCGGACUCUGGUAUUAUCGUAAUCAUUAUCGAAGAAAAGGAUCCUUGGUCCACCAUCGUCAGCCGUUACGACACUCAAUUAGCAGUAAAUUAGAGCAGAUUGAAGAAGAAGAAAAGUCUAAUAACCAGAAUGAAGAAAAUCUGCGACGAUACCACAAUCCUCUUCACACAAGUAAUGAUUUGAAGGAAAAGCUGAGCUCGCCAAAUCUGAGCGAUUCCACAGAGAUGACACAAGUAGACAACAUUAAUGACUCCUCCCACAUUCCUCAAAAAAUAUACAAACCCCAAUCUGUAGAAUCACAAAAAAACAUCACUCCCAUAAAUAUUACAGAAAAAGCCUUGGAGAAAGACAACAAUCUUAAAUCUCAUCAAAGAAGGCCAUCUGGAAAAGAAGUCAUAGUAUAGAAAUUGUUAGGGUUUUAAACCCCAUGAUCUUGUUAACUAUUGCUGCAUGCCAUGGAGAUGAUGUCUCCAAUGUGUGUCUUUAAUAUAACCAGUCAUUAUGUGAUGUUUGAAAAUAAUUUAUUUCUGGAAUAUACUCCUGGUUGACAAAAGAUCUCAAUGCUGUGUUCUACUUUAGUGGUUAUGGACCAACUGUUCAGACAAUAUUAGGAGAUAGCUAAGUUAAGAAGAUGACUGAAGUAAGAAUAAAAACUGACAUUUUAUAUUCAGCACCACAAAAGGUGUUUCAAAGUAGUCCUACAACUUCAUAAAGCCUUACAUGAGUGCACAUGUAAGUUUGAACAUCUCUAUGUAGCUGCAUUACAGAAAUAGCCAGUCAUUCCAAAUGAUUCACAACCAUUUUCUUCAUCUAUCUUCUAUUCAUGGUGCACACUGUUGCACAGUAAAGUCAUUGUCAUCUAAGUCUAAGCAACAAUAAAAACUGUUGCAACUUACAGAAGAGGAUAACCAUUAGCAGAGAGUGUGUAGAGUUUUAUGAGCUUAUAUAUAUGCUUAAAAUAAAAAAAACUGUUUUAUUGCUUAUGUUAAUGCUUAAAACGUUGUUUGAGGCAUCCAAAAGAGGAAAGCACAGAAGUUAAAACUGUAGAGGUUCAAGUGUGUAUAUAUGUAAAUACCAGGUGUUUUUUCUUGUAUAUUUGUUGAAUUAAGUUAUGAAAAAGGGCAGUAUUUAUAUAGGUACCAUAGUGGGAAUGUUCAGAACAUUAACACAGGUUAUGUUGUAUUUUGUUUGUUGCUUUUACUUGUAGUAUUUACUGCAGAAUUGGAUAUUUGAUUUCAGUAGAAAAGGUCAAAGGUUGUGAAGUGUUUUAUGUACUUAAACAAGCAUGCUUCAGUAACAUUACAGAAAAUUGGUCCAGCUUUCAAUUUACAUGUGUUAGUUAUAAAUAAAAAAGUUGAACCAAUGUUUUUAGUUUUGACUUAUCUAUUAUCUGCUUUACUGAGAUUGAUAUGAUAAAGAAUUUGUUGGAAGGUAAUUUUCCAUUUGCUAAACACACAACUUUUUUUCCAUUAUUGUUUAAAUUUGACACACAUUUAACCAUAUAAUUGUUGCAUACUUUAAUUAUACAGAUCACAUUUAUUUUAAUAAUUUGUGCUGAUGGUAUCAUUCAAUGAUGAUACCUCAAAAUGUAUUUACUUGGAAAUAAGGUACGUAGAAAACGAAAAUUUCCAAAAAAGUAUUUUUAGAAAAUUUGCUCAAAGUUUCCAUUCCUUAAUAAAAUUAUUUUUCUAAAAAAAAAAACGUAAAUUUUGAUAGGAAAUAUAAUGUGAUAGGUCUGGUUUAGCUAAUAAAAUGGUAGUAUAAUUUAUACUUGGGCCAAAAGAUGUGAAACCUGUUUUUAUUUUAUGGUCUUUGUUGUAUUCUUUCUAUCAAGUAUUAUACAUGUUCUUACUUCUUAUCACAGUGUAUAAAUGUGUCUAGAACCACAAAACUCACUCAGAUUUUUUUUUUUGAUAUCUUUAACCUAAUAUUGUUUGUAGUUUCUACAAAUGUUGACACAUUUUUUUUAUUUUUUUUUUCACUUAAUACAAAUGAUAAAUCAAUUUAAUUUGCCCAUGCAUUAUAAACAUUUUCUCUUAAGCCAUAAAUUCUAGAUGAAAUUAGUAGACAUUUGUUUCUGAUAUCCACUGAUUUUUUAUAUUUUUAUUUACUCUAACAUUUUGCUGCAUAGACUAGGUUGUUUAGGUUUGAGUAAGGUGUUCCGAGAAUAGCCUGGAGAUACGUUUCAUUAUUUGAAUCUUUUAUUUUUAGUAUCAGUAUGUUCUUUAUGUUUCAGCGGAAUGUUUCCAUUAUAAUCAAAGGUGUCAGUUUUGUCCUAGAGAGUACUUGAGAUACAGAAGUAAAAUGUUUACCCUCUCAUUUUUACUGGAGUAUUCAUCUAUAUUUUAUGGUUAUAAAUCUCAGUAGACAUAUUAGGGUGAGAAAUACUUGUUUUAUAUCUUUCUUCAAGAUUAAUCAUGCUUAGAUGAAAGUUGUGGUAGAUUUGUAUUAUUUUGUUCUGUGAAUAAAUUAGGUUUCAGAAUGGAAGUCAUAAAUGAAGUGAAAUAAUAAAAUAUAUGCAUGUCCGAGGUCUAAAUAUCUUUCAUUACGACUAUGAUUCUGUAACAAAGCUUUUAGCAUAAAAAUACAAAUCUAAUAAAAUGUUUUGAUAAUGAAUUAAAAAUUGUAAUAUUAGUAUAUUGUACAUUAUAAUAUGUGGUGCUUUUUCCAAUGUUGUGAAAAUUUACAAUGAAACACGUACCAAUUCUAACAUGACUGAGACACAGGUUUAAAAUUACAGUUAUUUCAUCUUGUCGGAUUUAUCAUACUUUAUAGGAAUUCUGUUGUUUGCACAAGGUUAUGAAUGUUUUUAUUCUGGCUAUUAUAUUAAUAAUUUUAAUUAGUUUUGUUUUGGU